ACUCAACAAGGAAAGGGAAAUAACCCAAUUUAAAAAUGGGUAAAAGAUUGGGGCCCCUGGUUUCCCAAAACCCAGCGCGGCAGUCUUCAGCCGCGCUAAGAUGGCGACUCCCAUGCAUCGGCUCAUAGCUCGGAGACAAGCUGAGGCAAAUAAACAACAUGUAAGAUGUCAGAAAUGCUUGGAAUUUGGACAUUGGACUUAUGAAUGUACAGGAAAAAGAAAAUACCUACAUAGGCCAUCAAGAACAGCAGAACUAAAGAAAGCUUUAAAAGAAAAAGAAAACAGAUUAUUAUUAUUACAACAAAGGUCUAAGAGUGUAACCAGUUCCAGUAGCAACAGCAGUGACAGUUCAGCCAGUGAUUCUUCAUCGGAGAGUGAAGAAACGUCUACCUCAUCCUCCUCGGAGGACAGUGACACGGAUGAAAGCUCCUCCAGUUCAUCAUCUUCAUCCUCCUCCACAAGCUCUUCCUCAUCCUCCGAUUCAGACUCACAUUCCAGCUCUUCCAGUAGCAGCAGCACCAGCACAGAGAGCAGCUCUGAGGAUGAACCACCAAAGAAGAAGAAAAAGAAAUAGAAUUGCUCCAUCCCUAUUGGACUGCUGGUCUGCAAACAUUAAUGUGAUUCUCGAAAGGGAAUUUAGAAUAUGUUAAGGCCAAAUAGAUUAACCAAUCAACAUUUCUGGAGUUUAAAAGUUUCUAAGUGUUUUACAUCAUAAGAGCAUAAAGAGUAUUAAUAAUGGAUUAUACAUAUAUAUAAGACUUUUUUAUUUUCAGGGUAAAUCUUGUUUUUCUUUUUUAUCUUUAAUAUAUAUCUGUAAAACAUAAUCAAAGCUGAAUCCAGUACGUCUGUUUUUGGGAUGAAACUUAUCUUUUCUCCCUGUGAAAUAAAUGCCAUACUUUGUUAUAUGUCAGUGCUAUGUAUCAGAUGUGUUUUCAGGAUAAUGCAUCAGAAUAUCUGGCAGUGAAUUUCUAAAGCUUUUGGCUGUGUGUUAUUAUAUAAGAUUUAAUACAUUGUUACUAUAAAAUUAGGAGUGUUCCUCUUAAUAACUGUGCCCUCUUUCUAUGUUUAUGUUCGGAAACUUA